AUGCCCGCACUGCUCGUGUAUCUUAUCAUCCUCGCCAUCGCCGCCAGCGUCACCUUCGCGCUCUUUGGCGAGGUGGGAGAGGCGGAAGUGGCGCCAGCGGACGCGCUGGAGCUGUUUGCUUCUGCGACCCCCACAGCGAGCGGCGCCACGCCUCUCUCGCUGGAGGCGGCUGCCGAGACGAAGACCGGCGGUGACGACUGUGGUGCUCGCACGAACCAUGCCAUGUCGGUAGAUGAGAGCGGGAUGGCGCACAUCAAGUCGCUCUUAACGAAGUGCGGCGUGCCGCCUCAGCAGCAGGAGAUGAUAUCCUUCCUGGGCAGGCACUGCUGCGUGCUGCCGGUGAAGUCGAACACCGUCCGCGUGCUGAACCACCCCGCCGUCUUUUACGAGGAGCUGAAAAGGCGUGUCACGGCGGCGCAGCGCUCCAUCACACUCUCGGCCCUCUACAUCGGUGAUGGGCCCCUCUCGAGGGACUUCGUAGCAUGCUUGGAGGAGCGCGUGCGAUGGGCUGCAGCAGGCGGACACCCGUUCUCCAUCACGAUCCUGCUCGACUACAACCGCAUGCAGGACCGAAAGAACUUGGUUUCACUGAAGGCACUGAUGGAGCUGGCACAGCAGACGGCGAGCACGGCCUCGCUGCCCGUCGACGCAGUGAUAGCGGGAGCGAACGCGUCCUCUCCGGUGACGCGCUCGCCGUCCACGUUGGGAAGUUCCUCCAUCUUCGCAGACGGCGAGCGAGACGCCGAGGAGGACGAGGCGGUCCGUGGAGGCAGAUCAGACGGAGCAUCGGCCGCCACCUCCGCCACCGCAGCCGCGGCGUCGACCGGGGUAAAAGUAAAUCUCUUCCUCUACCAGAACCCCAGCAAGUGGAAUAGACUCUUCGCGCCCUUCGGGCGGGCCAAGGAGGCGCUCGGGGUGCAGCACACGAAAAUCUUUGUCUUCGACCAGCGCCACACCAUCCUGACCGGGGCGAACCUCUCAGACGACUACUUCGCCACCCGUAUGGAUCGCUACAUGAUCGUGGAGGACAACGCCCUCGUCGCGCGGUGGUUCACGCAGCUCGUGCGCACGGAAAAUCGCAUGUCGCACCCUGUCGUCUGCCGCAAGGAGUUUGCCAAGCAGCUCACUGGAGGCGGCGACACCUGUGCGAGUCGCACGCCUAACAAGAAUGGUGCGCUGGGGCAUUCUUCUUCUGCCGCUUCGCCGUCCUCACGCAUCGCGGCGGCAACCGCGAACGGCUCCGCGCCAGAGCCGCUGCAAUCUCUGUUACGUUGGGUGGCGGAGAGGGUGAUUCGCGCGGUGUCACCGCCGCUGACAUCGCUGGUGUCGCAACGCGAGGGGUCGCCAACGCUGCAUCGCAAGAGCAACCUUGUAAUCUUGGCGAACGCGCUCCAGGUGGACCCCUCCGUCGACACGGAGGCCUUCUGUGCGCGGGCCAACGCGCUGCUGCAUGACUUUGCCGCGUGGGCGCGGCGGCUGUGCGCAGCGGCGAAGGUCGACUGGCGCUGCUACGACACAUUUCUGUUUCCGACGGUGCAGGCGGGUCGUGCGGGGGUGUACCACGACAGCGUCAUCGUGAAGCAGCUGCUGCGGCUCUCCACCAACGAGGAUCAUAUAUUUUUAGCCUCGCCGUACCUGAACAUGUACGCGUCCUUCGUGGACGAGGUGCUACACGGCACGAGCUACGUUGACUGCAUCACGGCGAGUGUGCAGACGAACGGGUGGAAUGGGCAAAAGGGCAUGGCCGGCCGCAUCCCUUUCUUUUACCUGCAGCUGGAGCGUUCCUUCUACUAUCUCAUGAAGGCGUACAACUGCCUGCGUCGGGUGCACAUCCGCGAGUUCUCCGUGAAGGGUUUGACCUUCCACGCGAAGGGCUUGUGGUUCAUGGGCCGGCGGUGCUCCUCAGCCGCCGCCUCCUCCCCAGGCAAGGACGGCGAGGGCGAUGCUAGGCAGCACCACGGCGGCCAUGGUGCCGAUGCCGCGGCCGCAGACCCGUGCCCACCGGAGUGUAUCUCCGCUCCGUACCUCGUCGCGUACGGCAGCACCAACUACGGAUACCGUUCUGUUCACAAGGACGUCGAGGUGGAGGCGUUCCUGCUGACCACCAACGACGCACUGCGCGAGAUGCUGCGGCAGGAGCUGCUCUUUCUUCUCCAGCAGUCUGUCCCAGUCACGGAGACGCAGUUUGUGGGCACGGCAAUGGGCCGCUUCCAGCCUGUGAUCUCGCUGAUCGCUCACCUUGGCCACGAUUUCCUGUAA